AUGGUUAAUGACAUUGAACGAAUUCGAGAACGUUUAUUAUAUACUGAAAAGCUCAAAUAUUUGGCAUUUUUUGGUGUUGCAACAAGUGCUUUUAUUGCAAUUGAUCGAUCAUUAGAGCUUUUUAAACGAUUAUCUGAAAGAAAUUUGAAACAAAAGCGAGAAGGCAAUUUUGAUCAAGAAGCGCCAAGUCGAAACAAUAGCAGUGCAGCAAGUUGUAAAUGUGAAUAUGGACCAUCGGGUCCAGCUGGACCAAAGGGUCGCGAUGGGAAAAAUGGUGUGGAUGGGUUACCAGGAAGCAAUGGAAUACCGGGAAUUGAUGGUGAUGUGAUUGUUGCCAAAGGAACUGAUUUCUGUUUUGAAUGUCCACCAGGAGAUGCUGGAUCUCCAGGACCUGUAGGUCCUAAAGGUCUACCUGAUAUACCUGGCGUUCCAGGCUUGAAUGCUGAUGGUGGUGAACGAAGUCCACCAGGACUACCAGGUUUGCCAGGACAAGCCGGACCUAAAGGACAACCAGGCAUUGAUGGGCAUAUCGUUAAGCAACCUGAACCACCGGACUUCCAGGAUGAAAAACUGCAAUAUAAUAUGAUGCUUUCAGGACCACAAGGUCCAGUUGGUACUCCAGGAGUUCAAGGUCUACCUGGAAUACCAGGACAUCAGGUUAGAUUAAUUUUAAUAUUUGCUGAACCAUUGAGCGAGCAGGAUCCACCACGAGAUCCUGGUAUCCCAGGACUCGAUGGUUGUCCUGGUUUUCCUGGAAAAAAAGGUACCACUGGAAAACGUGGACCAAGUGAAUCAUGUGUCCAUUGCCCAAAUCCAAGAACAGCACCAGGAUAUUAA